UCAGAUUUUUGUCAUUUUGACAUUAGUGAAUAUAAUAUUGUACCUAGUAUUUACAUCCUCUUUAAUAUUGCGAUCAAACUUCAAAUAAUUUAUUAGUAUUUACUCGAUUUGCGGUUGGUUAACAUUUUUUAUUUGAAAAAUAGAUACUAGUUGUUGUGAGUGUCAAAAGCCCUGGUGACCUACAAAAUAUUGAAAGCUACCAAAUAUAUGUAACAAGCAAAAGAUGAGUUAAAAAUUCAGUGGGAUAUUGUUUCCUGAGUCCUCAAUUGCUUCGAUCGCGCUUCGAUGGCUUCGAUACCAAAUUCAUCGCCAAGCAACGGUCCUUUGGGAAAGCGGAAGAAAACAAAAUCAAGCAAAAGGUCAUACUUAUCGAAAUGGCUUGAUAAAACUACGUCCCUUAUUCAAGAACCUACUCAAUCUUUCGAUAGUGCCUACGAUAUUCAUCCAAAUUUUAACUGGCCGAUGUAUUCUGAGUUUCAUCCAGGUCAUGACCGGUACAGGUAUAUGUACAGCUCAAAUCAACCUACAUCCUUACCUUCAAUGCCAACAUAUCCGAUGCACCGCUACCCGGAAUAUUCAAUUAUACCGAAUGUAAAUAAUGGUAUACAAAGAACGCACAUACGUCGUAGAAGGAACAAAACUGAAGUGGCACUGAGUCCACAAGAUGAUGGGUCAUGUCAGUCAUAUUUGCAACCAAAGAUUCCUAUUGAUAGUCAAGACUAUGCCAGCUUACCUCCAAUAAUUACAGCAGAUACUAAUUGUAACAGUGAAGUUAAUCUAAAUGAUAAAGAUGAUAGUAAUGGUGGCAGAAGGUAUAGUGAUCCUUGUCCGAGAGGUUUACCAGAUGUUGCAGACCACAGACCAUCAAAUGAAGUUGAAUCUGAGACUGAAUCAGGCUCAGAAACGUCUGGAAGCCAAGUUGGUAGUCGACUUUUGUCAUAUUUGUUAGAUCAAAUAUCCUCAUUGAAGUUGGUCAAUGAAAGAUUGAGCAAAGAAUUAAGGGAUACUAGAGCGGAGUUGGAGAGUAUACAACAACCUUUCUACCCUAAAUCAGCUUCGAGUUUAGGAGGAUCAGGAGUGCACAAUGGGCAGUACUCUCCUGGUUUCCUCACCGAGCUGGUGAGAGAGAUCAGAGACGCGACCCGGACGAGAGAAGAGGCAAUGUACACACGACUGCGGGCAAUGAUGCUCGAGAAGACUGAGGGUGGCAUAACCUCGGCAGAAACAAAGCUGACUGGCACUCUGGAGGAAAUAAAGAAUUCGUUGAGAUCUUCGGAGACCGAACGCCGCCGUAUGGCAGAGCGAAUCACGAAACUGGAAGAUGAGCUUAAGUCACUUCGUAUUGCAACGUCUGCCAGUGCGGAAACAAAUGAGCAUCGAUUGACCAACGGGCAGGGAGAGGAAGCGGAUAGCGUGCGCCUGCGCAAAGAGGUAGUGGAGAUGCGUCGAGCCAAGCAGAGCGCAGAGGAGAACGCGCACAUGACUGAAACUAAAACGGUACGCCUUGAGCCGACGUACUCAGACAGACCCACGUACUGCCGACAAUAG